AUGGGACUACCGAAGCCCAACAAGGGUGACCAGCGACUGGGGCUAACCGACUCCACAGCACUAACUCAUCGGGCACUUGCCAACGACGAGACGACGAAUGCAUCAAGCAUUGGCCCUAAAUCCGUCUUCUCUGUUGCAAAAUCAUUGGUUGCAACAACAAUACUACCAGCAGUUAGCAUUGCAAUACCUGGAAAAUAUCCGGACAAGGGGAUCCGAAAAGUAUUGGUGGUUCCAUCACAUGUCAAUGUUCCGCACGGAAGUGGACGUCUUUCUGUUGAAAACUGGUCGCAAAAAUAUUUAGUUAUGACUCAAUUUGCAGAGCAAAUGAUUGAUGCUGGUACUGUGCCAAUUUCUCCUUUCUCUGGAAUCGCAGUCGCUGCACAGCCGUUAUCAUCAAGCACAUCAAAGAUUGAUGACAGCUCCAUUUUUUCCCCUUUAGGACCAAGACCAGAUACGACUACAUCGUCUUACAUUCCUACCAUAAAUGUAAGUGGUAUAGCAGCUCCGAUUCCGAAGCGUCCUCGCCUUAUGCUUCCGGUUGUUAAUGAAGAACGACAACUAAGUGUGCUGCAAUCGCGAGCUGACGAUAAACCAAGCUGUGUUGUAAACAACGAUUUGCCACAGCCUAAUAUUGCCUUGAUGCCAGCUGCCUUUACAGCAUUUAGAACAUCUGCAGUGUCACCUGCAACUGAAACACCAGUAGAACCGAGAUGCUCAUCUAGCACUUCAGUGGAUACGUUAUCAAAUUCUAAAGAAGAAGAAGAACCUGAACUAUUCAUCGAUAUUGAAUCCGUCGACAAUCGUCCCGAAGGUCGUGAUCGUCGUCGGGCAUACAUCGAAUUUUACAGAAAAGUAAAGAGUGCUCGACAGAGAGAACCCGGUCCGUUGCUGAGUUGCGCCCUUUGUGAUUGCCAAAUACUAAGCAACGAUAACUCAAUCCACACGCAUGUGAACCAUCAUGCGGAUGCCGGUGGAUUUUGGUGCAAAUUGUGCGGAGUGAAUGAAGUCGAUAAAUAUCGGAUAUACGAACAUAUGCGAGUUAACCAUCCAAACAAUAUGGAACUGUUCGAAGACCGUCGGGAUAUAAUCAAGCUAUGCGCUGUAAUUCAAGAGUGCUUCCCGCGAACAUUCCCCCGAUCCAAAAAGGAUGUCGCGCGAGGAUUCGACAUUAUAAUCAAGUGUAAAGUGUGCAAAUUCGUAUCAGAAAACCAGAAAGCUCAAGAGGACCAUCAAGUGGAAGUGCAUAGUGUGGCUGAUCCGAAGAAUAUGGUGAACUAUAACGUGUGUGGUACAGCCGAUAUUUUGGCAAAAAUUGUUCAGCGAUGUUUCGCGUAUAUCGUUCGACCGAACGAUUCCACAAACUCUAUGAAAAACCCUAAUCAAAAGAAUUGA